GUGCUUCCUUCCAAUCGAUCCUCCCAAAUAAAUCUCCUCCUCUUCUCCGCUGGCCCACGUACCGAAACGAAGAGGAAGGGAGGGGGUCUCUGAGAGGCGUCGUCGAUGGUGCUCGGGAAGCGGCAGUCCAUCCGCCGGACUACCAGCAUGACCGAGUUUGCCGCUGGCUCCGUCGCCUCCGACGCUGAGGCCAUACAGACGCAUCCCGACCAAGAUAAUCUCGGCGGAGGACUCAUCAACCGCCUUCCCGUACAUAAUAGAUCCGCCGGCGCCGCGGAUUGGCUGGGAUCCAGGUACCAGGAGAGACAUAACCUGGCGACGAUGCCACAGGGAGUAGGGCUCCGGAGGAAUUCCGCAGACCUCGCCGCGGUGGAAGCCGCGCGCUUUCUCAGGGAAUGUGGCCUCUGCAAGCGCCUCCUUGGCCCUGGACGGGACAUCUUCAUGUAUAGGGGCGAAGCAUUUUGCAGCUUUGAGUGCCGUCAGCAACACAUGAAACACGAUGAACGCAAAGACAAGUGCUCUAUGGUCUCCAUCAAGGAUAGUACUGCACCUGCAGCCAAUAGCAACGAGCAAUCUGGCAAUGGAGAGACCCUUGCCGCUGUUUAAGAUUUACUAAUCAAAUUAUCAUGGAGUUACAAUCUCACAGUCAAGAUUGUGAAGGUCAAAAAACCUGACCAAACUAUAUGGAUCUACUUGGUCUCAUGCCUGUUCUCCAUCAGCUAAGUUAUUACUUAUCACGAGAAUUAAAUCUUGUUGUAAACAAGCUGAUGCUAAUGGAAUUUCAUCCCCAGCUUUCUGGUUCAGAUCAAAAAUAAAAUUCUGCUUCCUUUUCUGA